CUCGAGUGAAAGAACACUUUCCCGUGGGAGGGGUGGGAAGCGGCGUGGUGGCCGAGCGAAGAUUGCGGGCCCUGAGCGGGCGCGCCGGUCCCACGUGGAUUCCGUAACCCCGCGGGGCCAACUUUGAAGGAAAGCUCAGUUGGGACACUGAAGUCCUGUGUCUGGCGUGGUCUCGUGGGCUGGGGGGGGGGGGCCCUGCCCGGUAGCCGAGGUCUGGCGUUGGUUUUCGUUAGCCGGGAGCGGAAGUAGUGAGGAGAAGGUCCCGCCCACCCCUCCGCAAAGGCGCUGUGUGUAAAAGGCAACCGAAGUCGGCUGGGCUAGGGUCUGUCUCAAAAUUCCCACACCGGCGGGUCGGAGCUCCUGCAGCAGCGUGUGCAGGUGGUGUGACGCGGGGCAGAGGCACCGGAGGUUGGUGGUACUUUAGCCUAGGGACGGAGAGUUAGAACUAGCAAGGGAGAAGGGUCUCAUUUAAUUGCUUAGGUCUUGCUAAGAUGUUGAGAUUGGCCUUGAACUUGUGAUCCUCCUGCCUCAGCCUCUGCAGUUGCUGGGAUUACAGGUGUGUCCUGCUGCGCCCGGCUUCAUUUAUAUUUCACGUGUACCUUCAUGGCUGGAAGGCCACUCAUCUCUGGCUUGUUCCAGCAUUCCAAGGAGGUGCUGUGGACUUCAAGGUAUCUUCUGGUUCCCAGUCCCACGGUCAAAAGACCAGAGAAGACACUGGUGCUGGGACCCACCACUGACAAAGUAGCUGCCAUCUUAGGAAGAGUCCGCUGAAGGAGAAGGUCAUGGACUUGAUGUCCUCUACUUCCAUCCUGCCCCUGCUGUUAGGCUGCCUGGGCAUCUUUGGCAUCUAUCAGCUGCUGCAGCGGAUGCGCACGAAGGUCUACGUUCAGAAUACUGUGGUGGUGAUAACAGGCGCCACCUCGGGGCUGGGCAGAGAAUGUGCCAAAGUCUUCCAUGCUGCAGGUGCUAAGCUGGUGCUCUGUGGUCGGAAUGUAGAGGCCCUUGAAGAACUCACCAGAGAGCUCACUGCUUCUCAUACCUCCCAGAAGCAGACGCACAAGCCUUACACAGUGACCUUCGACCUCGCAGACACGGGGGCUACUGUUGCUGCAGCAGCUGAGAUCCUGCAGUGCUUUGGCUAUGUGGAUGUACUCAUCAACAAUGCUGGGAUCAGCUACCGAGGGACCAUCACAGACACCACAGUGGAUGUUGACAAGAGGGUCAUGGAGACAAACUACUUUGGCCCUAUUGCUCUAACAAAAGCACUCCUGCCCUCCAUGAUCAAGAGGAGGCAAGGCCACAUCGUCACCAUCAGCAGCAUCCAGGGCAAAAUCAGCAUUCCUUUUCGAUCAGCAUAUGCAGCCUCCAAGCAUGCAACCCAGGCCUUCUUUGACUGCCUGCGUGCUGAGAUGGAAGAGGAUGGGAUCCAGGUGACUGUCAUCAGUCCCGGCUACAUCUAUACCAACCUCUCUGUAAAUUCCAUUACUGCGGAUGGGUCCAGAUAUGGAGCUGUUGACAAGAACACAGCCCAGGGCCGAAGCCCUGCAGAGGUGGCCCAAGAUGUUCUUGCUGCUGUGGGGAAGAAGAAGAAAGAUGUGAUCGUGGCUGACUUGCUGCCUUCCUUGGCCAUUUAUCUUCGAACUCUGGCUCCUGGGCUCUUCUUCAGCAUCAUGGCCAUCAGGGCCAGAAAGGAAAGAAAAUCUAAGAAUUCCUAAUCCUGGCCAGAGCUAGCAGCUCCAACCAGUUUGAGCUAGGAUGAGAAGCAACACUUCCCCAGGCUUGACUGCUCUUCAAGGGACAGCUGUGCUUGAGACUUUAAUGGCAAUUUGCCCUCCAGGUGGAAAAGACUGAAGAAACUUUUCUCCUGCAGGUCCAUGAUGCAACCCCAGGCAAUGAGCUUCUUCCUAGAGGUGAGGGAUAAGCACUUAAGGAAUAAAUAUGGAGAUGGGUUUCAACUGUAAAAACAUGAAAUAAAUGAUAGGAAUAGUAAGAGUCAUAAACCUCAGUGACUAGAAGAACUGAAACAUGUCCUUUGAAUUCCAGCCUUGAUGACUCCUAGAAAACUAUCUUGGAAUCAGAUGUUAUAACAUCACCUGACUCAGUUGUUCGAGUUUGACAUAUCCAAGACCACUUAACCCAUUUGCUUUGGAGGGGACACCACCAGCACUUGGGAGAGAAGGUUGUAUUUUUAGGAAAUCAUUAUUCAUAUCCCUUUCCAGGAUCCUGUGAUAGCCCAUUUGAUAUAGAAAAUGGUGGGCUACUGUGUGAUGGGUUCUAUGGCACAUCCCAAGUGAUCCUGGCUUUAGCACCAAAAGCUAUUCCUAUGUUCCUUCUCACUGUAACCACAGCCUUAGAGGAUGCCAGGCACCAUUCAAGCAGAUGAAUUUCCUAAAGAGGCAGCAACCAGAAGGGAGACCUCUGCAUGGCCCUAGACAUCCUCUAGGAAAAGAAACCUUUGGAGACUGGCCUGGUGAGCAGAGCUGAAGCAGCAGCUAGUUUCCAGGUAGAAGGAGUUCAUUUGCUGAUUAUAGCCAGAGAGAAGGCCUGGGUCCACCUUUGAUUUAUUAAAAGUACACAGUUGAAGUUCU